AUGGAGAACUUCAGGAAGGUGAAGACCUCAGAGCAAGGCGGCCCCUUGCCCUUCUCUGACUUGCAGCCCCACGUGGUGGAGAUGAAGGUGAAGGAGGGCAGCAAAAUCCGGAACUUGAUGGGCUUCGCCAUGGCCAAGAUGGAGGAGGAGGAGAUCCGUCAGAUUGUCUUCAGCGGCUGCGGACGGGCGGUCACCAAAACCAUCACCUGCGUGGAGAUCAUGAAGAGGAAGUUGGGAGGUCUCCACCAGGUCACCAGGCUCCAAUACCGGACCUUGGUGGAAGUGUGGGAGAACCAAGGACCAAGGGCGGAAGGACCUCCUGAACACCUCACUGUCCACAAGAAUGUGCCCUCCAUCUACAUCCUCUUGUCCAAGGACUUGGUGGACCCCAAUCAGAUGGGCUACCAAGCUCCCAGCCCUCCCGACAGCCUCUGGGCUGAGAGCAGGAUCUCCCCCAAGGCAACCAAGAGAAGACUGAUUGCGCCCCACGAAGAGGACUAG